CGAGGCAGCGGGAGGCGGGUCCUCCUCCCCCUCCCCCCGCCAUAUAAAGCCGCCGCCGCAGUUGGGCCCCAGCGCUGCCGCCGCCAGGUUCCGUCGGUACCGACCCGGUCGCCGCCGCUUCACGAUGCCUUCGAUUAAACUGCAGAGUUCAGAUGGAGAAAUCUUUGAAGUGGAUGUUGAAAUUGCCAAGCAGUCUGUGACCAUCAAGACCAUGCUGGAAGAUUUGGGAAUGGAUGAUGAAGGUGAUGAUGACCCAGUCCCUCUUCCAAAUGUUAAUGCAGCUAUCUUAAAAAAGGUGAUUCAGUGGUGCACCCAUCACAAGGAUGAUCCACCUCCUCCUGAGGAUGAUGAGAACAAAGAAAAAAGAACAGAUGACAUCCCCGUGUGGGAUCAGGAGUUUCUGAAAGUAGACCAAGGAACACUUUUUGAACUUAUCCUGGCUGCAAAUUACUUGGACAUCAAAGGUUUGCUUGAUGUCACAUGCAAGACAGUUGCAAACAUGAUCAAGGGGAAAACUCCAGAAGAAAUUCGCAAAACAUUCAAUAUUAAGAAUGACUUCACUGAGGAGGAAGAAGCACAGGUACGUAAAGAGAACCAGUGGUGUGAAGAGAAAUGAAGUAUCGUGCCUGACACUCGAACACUGUAAGGAUUGUUCCAAAUACUAGUUGCACUGCUCUGUUCAUAAUUGUUAAUAUUAGACAAAUGCAGCAGCAAAUGAAGUUGUGUUAGCAGGAUACUGUUCCCUUUGCAUGUGUAGUGGUUUUUUGAGUACAAAUUUAAAUCUUUUGAGUUUUUAGUGUAAUUGGAUGUCUUUUUACUUUUACUCUGCAAUGAAUAAAACUGAACUAAGUGUGGAUUCUUUAUGGGAAGUAGCACUUAAAGUUAUCACUCUCAUUUCACUUCUGAACUGUUUUGAGUCCAGUUACAGUGCUAAGGAUUGACUCCAUUGUAAAUAAACCCACCCUCUGAGUUCAAGAAGAACAGAACACUUGUAUUUACAGGGUACUGAUAGCUUCAGCAAGAAAGACUCAAAUGUGUCUUGGGGAACUGGGUGAAGUAAAACAAAUUUCUUUCAAAAUAUUGUAGGGGAAAUUAGUGCUAAUUAAAGCUAUAUAACUUUCAAGAUGGUUCUUGUCCUGCAUUAAAAAAAAACAACAAACAACCAUUUUUGACCACUUUCUUGUCCUGUUAGUCUUUCCUUAUAGACUAGUGAAAGAUGUCAUCUAGAGCUAAGAUCUGACAGUUCAAGUCAGAUAUUUCAACCAUGUCUUGAAGACCUGCCUCUAGCUGGUAGCAAGAGUGUUUUGCUUUAUGCACAGGCUGGGUGUGUUUUUAUCCAUGCUACUGCUCAGAGUGGAAUCCAGAUUUGACCAAAAAUGACCGACAUUACCAAAGUUAAUAUUUUUGACCUGUGCAUGCCAUUAGUGGCUUGUUUUUAGGCAAUUUUAAUCAACCCUUGUGCUGUAGCUCUUUAAAACAUGGUUUCAUGUGUCCACAGGAGAUCUCAUGCCUCUGUAUAUGAUACUUCAGCUUGUAGAGACUUAAUUAUUGCAUACAAAACUAAUGCAAUUUCAAGCUUAACUUUGGACAAAGCCACUUGCAACUAGUUAAAAAGUAACUGGUUUUCUGAUUUUUAUUUUAAUUUGUUUUUGUUUUGUUUUGUUACAGUUCCCUUAUAGGGAGUAGGGGAUGGUGGUGUGGUAGAUCUUUGAGGUGUGCUCUUAGCUUGUAUUGCAUUCCAUUCUCUGUAUAAACCUUAGAGUAGAAUGAACCUUAAUAAACAUACUUAUCUCACUUUAAAUAUCAGUGUUUCAAUUCUGAAUUAAUAAAGGGCUUUUAAACUUUU